AUGUGUGGGAUCUGGGCUGUGUUUGGUAGUGAUGAAUGUUUCCGUGUGCAGUGUAAUGCUGUUCACAAGAUCACCCAUCGAGGACCUGACGCCUUCAGGAUAGAAAAUAUCAACCAUUUCCAGAACUGCUGUCUCGGCUUCCACCGAUUGGCCAUCGUUGAUGAUGUCAGAGGGAUGCAGCCAAUGAGAUUGUACACUCAUCCUCACAUAUGGCUGAUAUACAACGGGGAAAUCUACAACUAUAAAACAGUUGCAAAAGAAAACGACUUCCAUCUAAGCACAGACUGUGACGGAGAACCAAUCAUUCACCUGUAUGCCAAAUAUGGUAUUGAUUUCCCCGCCCACCUGGAUGGAGUGUUCGCCUUCUGUCUUCUCGACACAGCCAACAGGAAAGUUUUCAUUGGUCGAGACACGUUUGGAGUCCGCCCCUGCUUCAAGCUUGUCACAGAUACUGGCUUCCUGGCUGUGUGCUCAGAGGCUAAAGGUCUAUUUGGUUUGAGUCACAGCCUCACUGACGAGCAAGCCAACAUCAUACCCCUCACACCAGGUACAGUGGAACAGUACGAUCUCGACAAGAACGGACGAGCCACGUUACGGGAGACGAAACAGUAUCACUCUAUUGGUGACGCGCCCCUGUACAAAACACCAGUAGAUACUGACUCACUAGGGGACGAUAUUAAGAAGAACAUCAGGAUGUUAUUUGAAACAGCUGUUCAGAAGCGUCUCAUGGCAGACAGAAGAAUUGGUUGUCUAUUGUCUGGUGGUCUUGACUCAAGUGUGGUAGCUGCGUUGUUGGUUAAGAAUGCCAAGGAACAAAAGCUGCCCUACCCCAUACAGACCUUCUCUAUUGGCAUGGAAGGGAGUACGGACAUCAUAGCAGCUAGGAAGGUUGCGAAACAUUUAGACACUGAACAUCACGAGAUUAUCUUCACACCCGAAGAGGCCAUCGAUGUUUUAGAUGACUUGAUUCGCCAUCUUGAAACAUACGACAUUACAACCAUCAGGGCCUCAGUCGGUAUGUACCUGGUCAGCAAAUACAUCAAUGAGAAGACAGACACAGUGGUCAUCCUGUCCGGUGAGGGGUCUGACGAGCUGGCCCAGGGAUACAUCUACUUCCAUAAAUCUCCAUCCCCUGAAGCUGGGGAUGAGGAGAGUCGGAGACUCCUGAAAGACCUCUACAUGUACGACGUCCUCAGAGGGGACAGAACAACGGCAGCCUGGGGACUGGAGAUCCGGGUCCCCUUCCUUGACCAUCAGUUCACCAGCUACUACCUGUCCCUCCCUGCCGAGGACCGCGUCCCCAGGAAGGGGGUGGAGAAGUACCUCCUCCGGUCAGCCUUUGAUGGCAUGAACCUCCUACCCAAGGACAUCCUGUGGAGGCCGAAGGAGGCCUUCAGUGAUGGAGUCUCGUCUGUCAAGAGGUCACUCUUUGAGGUCAUACAAGAUUUCUGUGAUGAGCAGAUCAACGACGAUCAGCUGGAACAGUCUGCCUCACUCUACCCCUUCAACACCCCCAGGACGAAGGAAGCCCUGUAUUACAGAAGGGUGUUUGAGAAGUACUACCCCUCCAAGUCGUCAUGGAUACCAUAUAUGUGGAUGCCACGCUGGAUCAACGCAACAGACCCUUCUGCCAGGACGCUCAAACAUUAUAAACAAUAGAAGAAAUUUUUAUACAUAACAUCAGUAACUGAUCUUAUUUAUUGACGCAAAGUGGAACCCAUAAAUACGGAAAGCCACUUUCCAGGCGGUGGUUAUGUCUGAGUUACUACUGUCUUGUAUGGGCAUUACUUGGUUACCAUGGUAAGGACAUAACUUGCUACCUGAUUGGCUGAUCUGGAAACGUGAAUAUCGAAAGAUAUCGCGGGUGGUUAUCCCGAUUAUGGGGUUUCACGGCAUAAUUUUAUCAUUAUUAUUAUUUGUCCAUCAAGCUUCGAUCUCAACUUUCAUCAUCAUAAUAUGGUUGAGGGCAGGGUAAGGUAAAGUGUCUUCAUAUGGCUAAUUUGACUGAUAAAUGUGUUCAAUUUGCAUUUACUGUUCGAGUACAGUGUUGUAUUCAUGCUGGUUCUGGUUCAGACUUUUCUUGCCUGUCUUUUCUGAUCUGCAGCAGUUGUUUGAGCUUCCUCAUUGAUGUAUUGUGCAAUACACAACAUUGUCAGAAAAAAGAUCUGUUGCAUCAACGUCUCAUAUUACAUUGCUCUACUUAAAGGUCUGCGGGAAUCAGCAAUCUCAAAUAUCGUUGAUCUGUUUACUUCCUUUCUUUUCCUCACUUGUACACCGUUUGUACACAGUGCCCUACAUUUAAACUACUUGCUCCUGUGAAUUUAAAGAGACUCUAUUCACAUUGGGUCUCUCAGGUUUCAAAUCACAUUAACUACCUCUGAUUCAAAUUUGAUAGCUGUUCAUUUUUGCAGAAAGGGACUUCUUUUUCUAACAAUUGUUUAAUAAAUGUAGAUGAAAGAUGAAGCUCACCUGUCUUUUCAUGCGUGUGCAAGGGUUAGAGUAUUUCUGUAUCACAUAUUUUUUUCAUGUCGGAAUGAUUGAGGGAGGCAGGAUAUGGAAAACACAAAAAUAUGGAUAACCUGAUCGGAUUGCAACAUCCAUCAUUGCUGUUAGAUUUAAAUUCAAAGUAGCAGUUUAAAUUAUAUUCUCAUAAGCUGCCUUACAUAGAAAAUAGUGCUUGAUUUAAGAGAUGUUAACCUGCUUGCACCAGGUGCAACCUAGAUGCACCAAAUUCCAGUUGCACAGUUUUUAUUGCAAUAUGUAGUGACAUAUGCUAUUGAAUUAUUUAGAUGUUUAAUUCAGAAGUAUGCCCACUCACAAAUUGACUUGCACCUGGUGCAAGUUAGACUUAUAUCUAGGUUGCACUUUGUAAUAUAGGGUUGCACCGGUUCAAGUAACAAAACACUAAAUCGAGUCCUGUAGACCACUAAUUAUUAGCUUCAGGUGAGGUGAUCAAUUGCAGGAGUAUAUCAUUUACACCCUUGGUGUUAUUGGCAAUUGUUCUCUCAUAAACUAUAUAUUUCAGGGUCUCCACUGCCAUGUUGUUGUAUUUCCUCUUUAUAAUUUAGGGGAAAUUAUUUGAACGAGAAAAUUUUGGAGUUUGUUCUACAUUUAAUUAAGAAACAUGUUGAAGAGUCUGCAAUUUGCGAUCAUUUAUUUAUCAUAUGUUGGUCUAUUAAAUACUACUCAACAUUAGUAAAGAACCCAAAUAGUCCAAUGUGUUCAAAGGUGUUCCUUACAAAUAUUGAGUAGUAUACUUAAAGGAUAUAAUUAUGCUACUCACCAUCAAUGGGAAUGUUAGAAUCUUGAAGCAUGUGAUUGUCAUCGAAUACUGGUAGAGGUUAAAGACGGAAUAUGAUCUUUCUCAGCUUUUAGACGCUUUCCAUCAGUAUCAUGGUCAGGGGCACCAGAAAUCGGCUUCAAACAUUGUACCAAUAUGGGACAGGUUAGAAAAAACAUAUCUAUUCAUGUACGGAUGCAUCUGAAAGUCUGCGCUUAGAAACGUUUACGUUGUCAUGCAUUUUACAUUGGUGGAUUGAUACAUUAACUUGUCAUUGAACAUGAAUCUCAAUGGUCUUGAAAAAAUGAUAAAUUUAACUGAGAAAUAAAUAUGAAAGAUCUGGUA